UAUUUUAAGUCAAAUUGUAGGUUUGUUCAUUUUCUACUUGUGGUUUUCAGUUACCCAUCUUCAAACAAAAUUCAAAAUUUGGUGUUUGUGUUUUUGUUUAAUUUGGAACGACCCUCCCGCCAUCCGCCAUGGCGGCCGACGGUGUUUAUUCGUGCGAGUUUGAAGUUUUUGGUAAGGUGCAAGGAGUCUACUUUCGUCGGCACGCCAUGAGGAAGGCGAAGACCCUGGGCCUCCGCGGAUGGUGCAUGAAUACGGAGAGAGGCACGGUGAGGGGAUAUAUUGAAGGUCGACCCGCAGAGAUGAAUGUCAUGAAGGAGUGGCUGAAGAACACCGGGAGCCCACUCUCCAACAUCGAGAAAGUGAAGUUCACUAGUGAGCGGCGACGGCAAAGAUAUGGAUUUACCAAUUUUCACAUCAGGCCCGAUGCCACGUCCGACCCUGCCGGAGUUACAGACCCAGAGAGGAGGGCGCAUCAUUAGAAAUGACAGCACAUACAUAGGAGAAGUCCUAUCACGGAACCCAAACAAUGUCAGAAAAUGCCAACAAAAAAUUCUAAAAAAAACAAUAUAUUCAAAAAAGCUACCUAACACCAGGUAGACC